CAAGUGGCAUGUGGGGCUUGCGGGUCGACAGCUCCGCGCAAGACCAAUCGUCUUGUGGCUCGCUCCGUCACUGGCAUUCAAGGAGCUGCAUAUUUGUUGCACCAUCCAGCCAGGAGGACAAGGAGGACAAGGAUGCCUGUUGUCUCUCGUUUCCAGCAUGGAGGCUUUGGCAAGAGUUACUUGCUCCCUCAUCGUCACAUUUGCCCACCGACUCUCCGGCCAGGUCAUGUUGAAAGAUGAAAUUCACCACACCAGUCUCGAUACUGCUUGCUUUUCCCUUCCUAGCUUUAGCUGACGUGGAGUUCACAAGCCCUGCGCCAGGUUCAACGGUACAUGGGGGCGAUGUUCUGACGGCUGUCUGGAAAGAAUCUGGGGAACCUCCCAAGCUCUUGGAGCUGACGGACUAUGAUCUUUUCCUAUGUGCAGGGGGGGCAUCUAUUGAGUAUUCGGAGGAACUCUCGCUUCUCAUAGAAAAUGGCUCCUUUGAAAGAGGGAAUUCGGUUUCAUUUCAAGUCAAGCCAGAGACUGGGGCUGUCUAUACCAAUGCAUAUUUUCUCAAAAUGGUCUCUAGGGGGCUCAAUGCAACAGUGAUAAAUUACUCGCAACGAUUUUCUCUAUCUGAUAUGACGGGAACCUUUUCAGAGCGCGUUCAACAUGGCUUGCGGUUACUCCCGAACGCGACUACAGAGCAUGGCGAGCUGAAGAAGAGACAAGUUGCCGCAGCUGCGACAGCAGCAGCCCUAUACACUGUGCCCUACCCUGCUCAAUCUGUCGGACUGACCAAAUAUGCGCCAAUGGCGAAGCACCCUGGCACAACUAUAACAGCGAAAAGUGCUCCUCCACAGUUUCCUACAAGCGCUUAUACUAUAGCUCGGACAUUUCUACCGAUACCUACGUGGCAGACAACAUUGACAGCCCCCCAAACGUACUCCACCACGAACAUAGAGAAUCCAGCAACACCGGCACCACAUCCAUCGGACGAUAUGAAGAAAUACCUCAAGAGAUGGACCGAUUCCGCUUGAUCAAGCUUCGAAACGCAGUCUUGUGUGCCACCACAACGCUAACUCGUUGCUUGCUGAAUGCAAAUAUUUAUUUUCAUUGCUGUACCGCUAAAUGUCCGAGUAAUCUGUUUUAGCUGCUAAGGCGGCAAUGGGUAUCUUCUUUUUCCGGCGUAUGUAAAUGUACUAGCAUAACAUGACUUGAAAAACAUCGAUUGAUUGAAAUCACUUUUAUAUU